AAAGAAUUGAAUUGAAUGCUCUUUCUCUCUCACUUUCGUUAGCUCUUUCCCCGGAAAAAUCUUCCUUUUACUACUAUAGAUAGCAAACUAACCCAACACCGUUCCUUUCUUUUUCCUCUUUUUUGUUUUGUUUCUGUUUCAACUUUUGUUUCUCUCUCUCUUCUUUAGUUCUGGGUAAAGGAAAAAAAAAUGAUGAACUUUGUUGAACAAGAUGAUUCUUCAUGGGAGCUAUGUUGAUGUUUUUUGCUGACACCAACAGACAAAGACAGGAUCUUUUUUUUCUUUGUUUUUCUUCAAAGCUUUGAAGCUGCAUUUUUCUUUGUUUUGUCAAAAUGUCUAAUCUUUCAGCACGGACAGGAAGAGACCGUCAACGCUAUGACAACAACUUCCGUCUCGUUUCUGGAUGCAUUCCUUAUAGGCUAGUGAAAGAUGAAGAGGACUCAAGUGUUGAUUUUGAAAACAAGCUUCAAGUGCUUAUGGUUUCGUCUCCUAACCGACACGAUCUUGUCUUCCCAAAGGGAGGAUGGGAAGAUGAUGAGACUGUUCUUGAAGCUGCUUCUCGUGAAGCCAUGGAAGAAGCAGGAGUUAAAGGAAUACUAAGGGAAGACCCAUUAGGAGUUUGGGAAUUUAGAAGCAAGAGUAGCUGUGAGGAGGCUGAAUGUUGUGGUGGAUGCAAAGGUUAUAUGUUUGCAUUAGAGGUGAAGGAAGAACUUACUGCAUGGCCAGAGCAAGAAAACCGCGAGAGGAGAUGGCUGAAUGUUAAAGAAGCUUUGGAGCUGUGUCGGUAUGAGUGGAUGCAGAGUGCUCUUGAAGAGUUUCUAAGAGUAAUGACAGAAGAUGGAAGUACAAAAGAAGAGACUCUUUCCCCUUCAAGCAUUUCUAAUAGAGAACAACGUCAAAUCGAUUCUCGGUACUGCUUUGUGGUUAACUAGUUUCAUUUCUCUUAGUCACAUCAAACUUGUUCAGUUGUUAGUAUGGACUAUUAUUGAGAAGCUUCUUCUGUAAACGAAGUUAUAAUAUGAGAAGCUUAACUCAAUUUGGUUUACCCUGUGUCUUUAAUGUGAUUCGUAUAAAUAGAGGCUAUUAUUA